AUGGCUAUGGAGUGGAGUAAUGAGAAAGUAAUUACAUUUCUGGAGAUUUUGCAAACGGAACCAUGUUUGUGGGAUCCAAAACUUGAGAAGUUCAAGAGUCGUGGAAUGCAAAGUGAUGCUUGGCGACGAAUAAUGGAAUCAUUACCUUUUAAAACAAGUAUUGAAGGAAUGAAAAAGAAGAAGGAAAGUCUAAUGGGUUAUUAUAGAACCCAUUUAAACAGAAUUAAAAAGUUUUUGAAGUCCGGAGCUGGUAAAGAUGAAGUGUACACAACUAAUUGGUUUGCAUUCGAAACGAUGGAUAAUUUCCUGCGAGGAGUAUAUGAUAGUAGCCGGACAUUAAAUACUGAGACACACGACGACAAUAUGGGUCAAGAAAGAAGUGAGGUAAAGUGUGAUGGAAAUAACAAUAAUCCUCAAUUAUCUAUGAACACAGAAGAAGUUUCGCAAAAUAUACAAGAAGAAAAUGGAUCUCGUCCAAGAGAAAAUAAAUAUUCUCAAAAAUAUGGUAGAAAAAGACAAGUAAGAGACGAGUUGCCUCAAGAAAUCAAAGCUGCGCGACGUCAAAUGGACGAGACUUUUGAAUUCAUGAAAGAGAAGAAAGACGAUGAAUACGAGAUGUUCGGAAGACUGCUAGCAAAUCGACUUAAGCAACAGUCUUCAGUACCUCAGUAUUCUACAACCCAGUCUCCACCCCAUUCACCAAUCAGUCCAUCGUCAAAUCCUCCGACAUAUCAGUCAUCUCCAGGUCAUUCCACAUCCCCGUCUCCGCGCCAUCAAGCAUUCAUUCCAUCGUCAAAUCCUCCGACAUAUCAGUCACCUCCAGGUCACUCCACAUCCCCGUCUCCGCGCCAUCAAGCAUUCAGUCCAUCGUCAAAUCCUCCGACACAUCAGUCACCUCUAGCUCACUCCACAUCCCUGUCUCCACGCCAUCAAGCAUUCAGUUCAUCGUCAAAUCCUCCGACAUAUCAGUCACCUCCAGGUCACUCCACAUCCCCGUCUCCGCGCCAUCAAGCAUUCAGUCCAUCGUCAAAUCCUCCGACAUAUCAGUCACCUCCAGGUCACUCCACAUCCCCGUCUCCGCGCCAUCAAGCAUUCAGUCCAUCGUCAAAUUCUCCGACACAUCAGUCACCUCUAGCUCACUCUACAUCCCUGUCUCCACGCCAUCAAACAUUCAGUCCAUCGCCAAAUCCUCCAACAUACCAUUCUCCUCUUGACCACUCCACAUCCCUGUCUCCACAUCAACAAGCAUUCAGAUCAUCGCCAAAUCCUAUCCCAACUUACCAGUCGCCUCUAUCUCACGAUACAAAUUGA